GUCUGCUGACAGCGUGCGGCAUCGUAUGUUUCGGAUUGGAUGUGGAUUGUAGUGGAAAGUGUUUGUGCGUUGCGUGUUUGUAGUGAAGUGUAUCAAGUGAUGGUGAGUGUGGCUGGGCGGUGAAAUGGCGGCCCGAUACUACGUGUGGGGCGCGGGGUCGUGGCGCGAGCUGGACGUGGCGGCGGGCUGCGUGGCGGGCUGGCGGCGGCGCGCGCGCUUCGUGUUCGUGCGGCGCGGGCGGCUGCAGGUGGCGGGGCGCCGCGCCGUGCUGCGCGCGCUGGCGGCGCUGGCGGCCGGCCGCCCCGGCGCCGCCGCCGAUGGCCCGCGCCUCUCGCAGCUCAGGACGUCCCCCGUGAGUGGCAGCAAGCUGAGGCCACGCGAGAGGCGAGGGCUGGUGCAGCACUGUCACUGCUCCGCGCACCACAACGGUUGUGUGGAGCCCCCCUUGCCCGCGGCGCCCGGGCGGCGCGAGGCGGCCACGCAGUGCGCUACCACAGAACGUAGCCUCAACAUCAACAUGCCCCCCGCCCCCGCGCGCCCCGCCCCCGCACCGCCCUCCAGCUCCGAGGAGCCGAGCCCGCCCCCCCCGCGCCGCACGCUCCGCAACACCAUGUCCGAGGUGAGCGCGCUGCUCGCCCCCGCGCCCCGCACCGCACCCCCGCCACCGCCCGUCACCGACUCGAGCCUGUCGGACGAGCGGCCGCUGGCGCGGUACGCGAGCGGCGCGGGGAGUGCGGGCAGCUCGGGGGGCGCGGUGAAGGAGCUGGUGAUCUCGGACGGCGACGUGGCGGCGCUGCGCGGGUUCGUGGCGCGCUCGCGGCCGUCGGCGCUGGCGCGCUUCGACGCGGACGCGGCCUACAAGUGCGCGCUGUUCUACGCCAUCAACCCGCUGGUGGAGCUGCGGCGCUGCGCCCGCCUCGAGCGCCUGCUGCGGGAGCGCCGCGACGCCGCGCUGCCGCACUUCGCCGCGCGCCUCGGCCUCGCGCCCGCCUCGCCUGCUGCCUCGUCCGCCGCCUCGCCCGGCCCCGCGCGCCGCCGCCGCGACCACAGCGACUCCACCGACGCCGACAAGGAAAACAAGGAACAGCUUCCUUCUCCAAAGAAAGCCCGAACUGAACGUAGCAGUAAGAAUGAAGCGAGCUCUCCCGCUAAGCAGACAGCCCGCCCCUCCCGUGCCCCUCCGCCCCGCAGCCCCCCCGGCCGCGCCCCACUCGGCAGCCCCCCCGCCCGUACGUCCAAAACAGAAGCGAGCGCGUCUUCCAAACGCGUCACGCGUCCCCUACCGCCACGCAGCCCCUCCGCGAGCGACGACGCGCGUGUGACGCGCAGCAGCACCGGCACCAAGCACUCGCCCGACAAGCCCGUCCGUGCCGCCGGUGGCGUCAUCACCCAGCCCAAGCUCAACGGUACCAAGCACUCGCCCAGCAAGGCAGCCCGCGGCGCCGGUGACGUCACCGCCGCGCCCAAGCUGAACGGCGCCGCGUCGAGCGACAGCGACGAGUGGCGGGCCGGCAGCAAGGCGCACACACACGUGAUCAGCAAGCGGUCGUGCGGCUCGAAGCGCGCGGAGUACUCGAACCUGGAGGACCACGCCAUCGUGUCGUGGGUGUCGGUGGGUGCGCGCGCGUCGCUGGUGAACGGCAACGCGCUGUGGCGCGACCUGCAGGCGCAGUUCCCGCGCGUCGCCGGGCGCGCGCGCACGUGGCACUCGCUGCGCAACCGCUACCUGCGCUACAUCCUGCCCGCGCUCGCCGCGCUGCGCCUGCCGCCCGCGCACGAGGCCCGCCUGCGCGCCGCCGCCGCCACCGGCGUCACCAAGACCAAGGGGAAGCGCAGGAACUCCAUAUUCAAGGAGGCGGAGCGCGGCGCCUCCAGCGUCCGCCCCCGCCCGCCACCCUCGCCACCCACACCCACUGCCGCCCCCGCCGCCGCUGCCGCCCCCAGCAAGGCGCAAACUGCGCCUGCGGCCGUUACUACUAUUAAGAAAGAAGUACAGACUGAGUCCCGCACGCUGCGUCGCUCGCCGCGGUACUCGGAGGUGACGCGACAGUUCGCAGCACGCCACGCCCCCCGCGCCGCCUCCAGCACCGACUCCAGCUCGGACUCCUCCCCCGCGCCCUCCCCCACUCGUGGCGGCACCACCCCCUCCCCGCGCGGGGGGCGGUCGCGGCGCCUGUUCAACCCCAAUCGGAACGUAUGACGCAGCUGACUGCACACAUAUGCUAUAGACGCCGCGGUGUUGCGACGCGAGUGCUAUAAACUAAGUUAUUGGAAGCAAAGUGUUGAAGUGCACGUGCUGACACAAACUGAGGAAUGUCUUGUGACCAGUACCGUGACUGAAUAGCAAGUGGAUGCUAAUACUCAGCCCUCGGCAGAUAGCUGACGCUCUGAAGCUAGCCAAGCGUUUUGUUCCUAUACAUUUUGAGUUACGUGAAGUCAGUAGUAGGCAACUUUAGAGCGGCAAAGUUAUUUGGCGGGAACUGUAAAUACUAUUUUUUAUAAGUGAGUGAUACGUCAGAGUAGUGUAACGUUUGUAAGUGAGCAGUGUUGUUCGACAUUCAUGUAUAAAUAUAACUCGUAGUACUCAACAUGAACAGUGCAGUAUAUAAGUCAGUUGCAUAUCAACUUCAGAACAAUUCUGGUGCACUAAGUGUCAUUUACAUGAGCUUGUGUGCCAAAAAUCAGUGAAUAGUGAACAGACGUAUUUGAGUGAGCUGGACACCUAUUGUCUACAUAGAGAAAGAUAUGUUUAUUGUCUGCUGCGCAGGUACGACUGUUGCAUAUAAGCCAUUGCCUUUAUUUUCUUUUGUAUUUCUUUAUUGAUCUGUUUUAUGUGUAUCUCUAUGUAUGUUCAGGGGACUAAGUUCUAUAAGUCAAUGCGUAAAUCCUCCAAGUGUUUGCAUGUGUGUUUAAUGGUGGCUGACACAGACUGCUCCCUCUCGAACGCUGGUAAGACUCGAGCUAGUAUAACUGCCUGUAACUUGUAGUCAAUAUGUUAUGUUUAAGUAUGUUAUCUAGCACUGUGGCCUGCGGUCACACUGAGGUAGUAGCGCCGAGACUGGCGACGAGACGGUGGCGCCACUCGUCUGUUGUAAGCACACUGAUUUUAAGUACCUAUGUUAAGUUGAGACUUGUUCAAAGAUUAUGAAGAUAUUUUCUAAUAAAUCGUUUAUUGUAUA